AUGAUCUUCGAGGUGCCGGUCGACCAUUUCCCGGUCCAUUUUUCCAUUCCUCAAAGGCCCAACUUCACAACGGCGGCCCAAGCGCUGCAAAUCCGAACUUCUCUGGAGUCAAUGACAUUGGCCGGUUAGUUUUUAUCGAUUUCAUUCAAUGAUAUCAUUGAAAACAUGCAAAAAUGAUAAAAAAAUAUCUUCCAUAAAAUAAAUGAAAUAAUUUCAGAAUCUCGAAUCCAGUUCAACACGGAUAUUCGGCUUCCGUCGCUUCAAACUUGCAUACAAAAGCCGCUUCAUCAAGCUACAGUACCCCGAGCUGUUUUUCCACUCAAGACCAUCUCAACACGACCAUUGCUCAGGUUACCCUUACCUGGCCAACUCUUACCUCGAUUUCUAGCUUUUCAAUGACGAGCAUUCCUUGUUUUUAGCUCAAUUAUGUUGUAGUUUUCGAUUUGUCCAUAUUUAUUCUCGUUUUAAGUUUGAAUUCAAGCCAAGAUUGCCACGAUUGUCACCCGAUUACAAGUACGAUUUGGAUCUGUUCAUAAUGGACCAAUUUGCCCCAAACGUGUAUUUCUCAUCAUUCUAAUGAUCUCCCUGAAUUGUGAAACAUUUCGUUCAACGGUUAUUAUUGCAAUAAUUGCACUUGCAAAUGAAUAUUUUAUUCAUUAAUUUGUCUUUCUAUAUUGCGGAAAAUUGAAGGAAUACUUUGGAAAAGGGUGAAAAGGAGUAUUGAGAGGUAUAAAAUGAAUUACCUUCUUUUUUCAGAACUGAUACUGCAAAAGUUCUUGUUUUAGUUCAAAAUGUGAAUGAAAGUUGAAGUUUCUGUUUCGAACCGUUUGAGAUUGUUUCAAUACCAUAAAAUAAGUCUCAAGAGUGAUGAAAAUUUUUGAAUAGAGAUCCCCCUCUCUAACACUUCCAAGUACUCUACCGCGCAAGUAGUUUUGAGUCGAGUGCGCCAUGAAAAUUCAUUAACCUUGCAAUCCCAUUUUAGCCAUUCCAAAUGUGAUCAUGAAAUUUUUUUUUAAGAAACGGAAAAAAAGCCAAAAUCUGUGCAAAGUUUACUCGAGGGGUGAUCUCUUAAGAACCGUUUGAAAAAAAAAAAAUCAACUUUGGAAAAGACAAUCUGACUUUUCAGUGCUACCAGUUUUCUGUCGGGGUUCAAAAUUACUGUUUUUUUUUUCGGCGUUAUCUUCCUAUGUAAAAAAAGAUGGCACAGACAUUAAAUGAAAUUUUUUUACGAUGCAUCAUAAAAAUGAAAAGUCAGAAGGAAAAAAGAAAUUUCUAGUCACAUAACACAAAAUGAAGCUCAUCCUGGCUCUUUUUCUAUUUUCUUUCCCUACGUCUGUGAUUUGUGGAUCUUACCGGUGUUCCCGAUUGGUUCGUUUAUUUUAAUCGAAAAUAUCAAUUAACGAGUACGCGUUUGAACAGUGACACCUUGUCAAGCAAGUAAUUACGAAAUAGGGGCCAUUUUCCAAGAAAGGUCUAUUGGCCGAACCAUUUUGCUUUUUUCGAUGCUCUCCUCUUUUACGGAAAAGCUCCCGUGGUGAUUUUCUUUUUUCAUGGAAUCACCAUUGGUGGAAAAGAGAGCGCAGACGGGUCAGAGAUUCUUGAAAGAUGAAGUAUGAAGUAAACUACUUAACCGUCCUAUUUACAGCCAUGGGCUCUGAAUCCAAUGCUUCUCGGUAGGCCACUUCAAGUAGGCGACCGAGUUUUGGUUCAGGCAACACCGAAACCCGGCGUGCCAUGGUUAGUUGAUUCUUUCACCAACUUUUGAAUCUAGUUCUAUUCAAAUCAAAAAUUUUAAUGAAAGCUUGGUAAUUUACUCACAUUCUGAUGAGCGUAGACUCUAUCAGAAAGGCGCACGGUGCCAGCACCAAUAACCCCCUGCACGGUGCAAGUGGUAGUGCGACUCCUCGCGUUUUUUUUUAGACAUUUCGGUGCGAAUUGAGUGCAUGCGCACGGUGCAGGGACUUAUAGUUAUUUUGUUAUUCAUAUUUAUCAUUUUUCGAUUAAAAUUGGACAAGGGAAAUUGGAUCAGGAGGCUUGCCUGAAUCGAAACAGCAAGAGCUCUAGCUUCAUCUAAAUAUGGCUAAAUAGCUAAAUGGAACUUCCUUAAGGAGGCAUGCUGCUGCAUCGUGCGCAUCCACUCAAUUUGCACCAAAAUGUCUCAAAAAACGCAAGGAGCCGCACUACCACUUGCACCGUGCAGCGGAUUAUUGGCGCUGGCAUUCUGGUAGAGGACCAGCCGUGCUAACACGUGGUGUUAGCGGGUGCCUCCGUAUUGAACCCGUAUACGCGCAGCUGGUAGAACCUUUCGACAUUUUGUACCACAGCUGGACCAUCGUUUGAGCACAGUUGGGUCUCCCAUUUCUUCAUACAAUGACAACUGGUGCUUGAAAAGCUUUGAAAGAGGCUCAAUACGGAUAAACUCGUUGAGAUACCUGGCCAGCAUGAAAGUAUCUUGAUCGCACCUGGAAUGGUUCGAGGAGAAGAGGCAAAGCAGAGCUUGAGCACAAUCGAAUCGGUAUGAGUCAAACUAUGGGAGAGAAAAAAAUGAAUACUCUCCCCUGUAUAAAAGAGAGCCGCUUGAUAUUGAAUCAAGCGCAACGCGACCGCUACGCUUUGAGCCAUUCCACGUGCAGCCACAGCAUUUCAGUAGGGUAACUUGCAAUUUUUGGGUUUUCCGUAAACUUAUUCGCGGGUCCUGUUGGAAUCGCUUUGCACUUCAUCGUUCGUUGGGAUCGUAAUCAAGUUGUUCUGAACACCUUCACGGUUGCGGCGGUUUAAAAAUGCCCUCGAAUGAGAUAUGAUCAAUUGACUUUUCAGAACGCGUGGCAACAAGAGAUCAUUCUGCCGCAAAUAUUCACAAGGGGCCCUUUCGUCUUGAAAAUCGAGUACAUAGUGCGAUCCCACUCAGACUGGACCUUUUUUUGAGUUCAGGGCCCAAGCGGAUGGCUAUGUGGUUUCGAAAGACGGCGCUUAUCUCACUAAAUAUCCACUAAGGAGUUUCGAUUUAUCGGCGGUCCAAUCGAUUGGCUUGGACAAUGGCUUGGACAUGGGAAUGGAAAAUCCUUAGUUAGUUCUAAAGUUUGUCAUAAUUUUUUCGAAUCGGAAAUCUUUUAAUUUUGACUCAAAAAUCUGCUGGAGAUUGAUCCUGUGACUCUUUGAACGAUAACCAAACACACAUCCUCUGCGCUAAUCAUCUCAACUUUAGUUUCUGCGGAGUAGAAGAUCAAUCCGACUACAAACCCAACGAGAGGAUGACUUCGAUCUAUGCGGAUGGCGUUGUCGAGUACCUUUGUGAGUUUUUCGUGGAAUCAAAAAAAAAGUUUCUUAAUACUUUCAGAUGAUGACUGCUACUACUGA